AUGGCAAAUCAGGUCAAUGACGUUGACGACAACGAAAACAACACCAACAACGAAGUCAAUGUAUUAGAAGAAGAAGAGGAUGACAAUGAAAUAGAUUAUCAUCAGUUUCCAAUAGAGGAUCUCAAUGAUAGUGAUGGGGAUGAUGAUGAUGAAUGGUCAUUAUCUAAUUCUGAAUUAUCUCAUCAUCAUUAUGAACCACAAUGUUUAAAAAAUCUAGAUUGGAAAGAUUUCGAUGAUUGUAUUCGUACGAUAGAUAAGGAAUACUCCAAUGAAGAUGAACGUAAAGAUGAUUUUAAUGUAAGACAACAAAUGUUAAUAUUACGACGUAAAUCAAUCGAGGACAAUAUCAUACUAAGAGCUGCUUAUAAAGCUCCUGGAGUUUAUAUAUUUUCAGCAAAGAAAUUUCAAAAAAAAUCAUUAGAUUUCAUGUUACAAACAGGUGCUUACUUAUGUGUUCAAGAACUUGAUGAUGAUGAAGAAAAACAAAAACAUGUCAGUCAAGAAUAUUUAGCUUCUAUUGUCCAUCGAGUAGAAACUACAUUAAAAAAUUUACUUGAUUCAAAAUCGAUUAGCGAAGUACAAUAUACAAUGAUGAAUGUCAAUCGAUCAUUAGUACGAUUGAAUUAUUUAUAUUUCGUUCCAAGUGCAGAUGAGAUGGAUAUUACACUUCAUCCAAUUAUGGUCUGUAAUGAUGGACCAACAAUGAAUAUAGCUUGUUAUCUCAAUCGUCUUCUUGGACCAAUCUUUAAUCAAGUUACUCAUUGUACACAAUUUUCUAAAGGUAUCGAUGUCAUUCAUGCUUUGGAAUUCUAUCAGAAAAAAGGAACUCUUCAACCAACGACGUUGUUUAUAAAAUUCAAUAUUGAUAAAUUAUGUAUAACAUUCUUUCAUGAACAAGUAAUUGAAGCAUUGAAAUAUUUUCUUGAUCAUUACACAUCAAAUCAUGAUCUUAUUCAUGGUAUGACUAAUCAUACUAUUAUUGAAUUGGUUCGUCUUGUUUUGGAAAAUCAAUUUUUUAUCUAUGAUAAUAAAUUAUAUCAACAAAUGAAGGGUAGUGCUUCUGGUUCUGCAUUAACAUUUUCAUUAGUCUAUAUCUAUUUAUUCUAUUGGCGACCGGAUUUAAUGCAUAUUUUUAUAAAUCCAAAUGAAUUAUUUGGCAGAUAUCGUGAUGAAGCAUUUAUAACAUACAAUAGAUCUGAAGAUGAAUUGGAAACAUUACUUCAUACAGCAGCUACUCAAUUUCAUCUACCAUCAUUUCAGAAUAUUCUUUCUUUGGACAUAACAACAUCUUUUAUGGAUGUUACUUUUGAUUGUGAUGAUGGUAUUCUUCAUACAAGAGUUCAUCAUGAAUCGGAUUCUGGCUGCAUACCAUAUUCUUCAUUUCCAAGUGUAACUGAACGUCCUAUACAUGACAAAUCGAAAUGGUUGCGAAAAGUUUUUUAUCGUGCAGUUCGAUAUUGUUCAAAUUUGUUUUAUUGGUACCCUGACCAUCGAUUUACUCAAUUUUUGUUUGAAAAAAAUCAUUUGUCCAAAGACUUUUUUAAUCAAGUUUAUGAACAAUUUGCAAAUGAUUUCGGUAUAUUCAAAGCAAACCAACGUUUUGGUGCUGAGCAUGCACAUGAAAUUAUUCGUCAAAAACUUUUUCGUUAUGAUAAAUUUCUAGUCGAGUUGAAUAAAAAACAACAAAAACCAAAAGAAACUCUAUGCCAUCCUGUACCACUUACAGUGACAAAGUCCAAUCCAUCAUCUAUCCUACCUGAUCCGGAUAAAGAAUACAAUAAACAAUUGUACAAAGACUCUUAUGAUCCGACACGACAACUGGAAGAUGUUUGGUUCAAGAGGAUAAAAUAUGCGUCAUUUAAUUUAACUGCAAACGAUGUUCUCGUCAAUAAACGACCACCUAUUCAUCUUCUAACUUUAUCCGAAGAUAAGAACAAACACUAG